CCAUCCAUUCACCUAAUCAAAACCAAGUGACAAAAAAAAGAAGAAAAAGGAAAAGAAAAUGCAGGUUGAACCAGAAUCAGAUGCUAUGGCUGGGGAACACAGCGUCUCCGAGGAUCCUUCUAGCCAGAGCGCUAUGCAAUUUGGAGAAUACAAAGACUCGCUAGUUGCAACAAUCUCUCAGCACUUGGACCUAAAACACCAUUGCACUUCUUCAGCAGCAUAUCGGAUUGCUGAUUUAGGCUGCUUUGUUGGCCCUCAUACUUUGGAUGCAAUGAGGACCAUAACCGAAGCUGUAAAAGACAAAUACAAAGCUGGAGGACAGAGCUUUGGCAUCCCAGAAUUCUUUGUGUACUUCAAUGAUCGUGUGACCAAUGAUUUUAAUGCUCUUUUUGCUAAAUUCCCAGAAGACAGACAAUAUUUUGCAGCCGGGGUUCCGGGCUCUUUUCACGGCAGAUUGUUCCCAAAAGCUUCUCUGGAUUUUGUAUACUGUUCAAAGGCAGUGCAUUGGCUCUCUAAAGUUCCCGAGGAGGAGUUAACAGAUCCGAAUUCUGCCGCUUACAAUCCAGACAGGAUAUCUUACAUUAAUGCACCAACAGCAGUCUGUGAUGCGUAUUUAGGCCAAUUUACUAAAGAAAUGGAAUCUCUCCUCAGUGCUCGAGCACAAGAGCUGGUUCAUGGAGGGUUGAUGGUGCUUGUGAUCCCAGGCAGAGCCAAUGGAACACAGUACCCCUCAGUCAGUCAAGUUUUCAUGCCACUAGAAACUAUUCUUUUGGACCUGGCAAAGGAGGGAAUGGUGAGCAAAAACAAGGUGGAUUUGUUCAACGUGCCAAUGUAUUUUCCCUCGCCGGAAGAGCUGAAGAAUAUUAUAAUACAAAAGACUGUGGGCUUUGAAAUUGUAGAACUGAGCACUUUUACCAGAAGUUCUUUGCCAGUUUUUCCUACUGAAGUACUAAGAGGAGCCUACGGUGGAUUGUUGACGAAGCACUUCGGUACUGAGGUAGCUGAACAAGCAUUGGAUCGAUAUGAGAAGGAAAUUCCAACCCUUCGCCUACGCAACCCAGCUGAGGGCAACGGAGUAUUCAUAUAUGUUACUAUCAAAUUCAAGAAGUCGUGAAACAUUUGCAGUUUUACUCUUACUCAAAAAUGCUUGCCUUUUGGAUUCCUUGUUCUGUUUCCUUUCCUACUUGCCUGAUAUGUAUUACUCCAUAAUCAUCUCAAUUAUUACCAGCUGCUUAUCCAUGAAGUUAUUUCAAACACGGGAUUCAUUCAGCUUAUGUUGAAAAUCAAUACUCCGUUCAUCGGAAUAAUUUAGUCGUUUAAACAAGAAAUUCCACUUC